CGACACACGCCCCAAUCCACCCAUUGCCCCCGCGACAGCGCCAAUACACCUCCCCACUCUUCAUAAUGGCAGGCUGGGUCUACCGCGAGAACCGCGUCCCCUAUUAUCAGCGCGAAUUCCAGAAGCACGAUGGCUUGAGGACCUGGGAGAAGGCCCGUGGCAAGUUCAUGAUCCCCGCGUACAAGGCUCUCCUUUUCACCAGCUUCGGCGCCAGCAUGUACAUGAUGUUCCGCAUGCUCCUGGGACACAAGACUUGGUAUGGAAAGAAGGCUUAGAUUGCAUACUAUGCUAUGAGUAGAGUCUCUAGCUAGGGGCCGCGUGGGAGCAUGUUUCGUCUGCUACAAUGUACAAACAAUCAACAAACCUGCAAAUCAUCUUGACUCUUUUGUCCAGGUCGGAUAGAGCACAGUCAGUCAAUGCACUCGUGGAACACUGUCCAUUCUGCUGUCUGGGUCGUGAUGGCUGCUUGCUUCCUUUUGUCAGUGCUAGAAAGCUCCGG